UAGUCUGUCAGAUGUAAACAAAGCCGAAGAUCUUUGGAUUAAACCUAAAAUAAAACUUAACGCGACCAAAGUAUUGUGAGGUAAGCGGGCCUUUUUGUUCCGUGAACUCCACAAGUUGUUGUCUCGCGCUGUCACCCUGGGCGCGUCUGUUAUUUAGCAAAGAAAUCAUCUAUGUUAGCCUGCGGAUGCUUCUGACGACUACCGGGGCGCCCAUUUCAGCACGCUUCCAGGUUGCGCAACAAAAACGGGAACAUGAAGUUUUUGGAUCUUUUUGGUCGUCUAAAAUCAGUGGUUAUUGGAAUGAUCCAUGUUAAAGCCUUACCAGUUUUCCUGUUUGUCUCAGGCACCCCCCUGGGUUGUAUGAAAAUGUCCCAAAUCACCGAGGAAGCAUGCAGGGAGGCAGCAAUCUACCAAGAUGCAGGGAUUGAUGGUUUGAUCAUUGAGAACAUGCAUGAUAUUCCUUACUCAUUCUCCGUGGGCCCUGAGGUGUCUGCCUGUAUGACUGCAGUAUGCACCGCUGUGAGAAGCAUCUGUCCACGCCUGCCGCUCGGAGUGCAAAUACUGUCUUCUGCAAACCAGCAGGCACUGGCUGUAGCUCUGGCUUCAGGUCUGGAUUUCAUCAGGGCUGAGGGGUUUGUCUUUUCUCACGUGGCUGAUGAGGGUCUCCUGAAUGCCUGCGCUGGGGACUUACUGAGAUAUCGCAAGCAGAUUGGAGCUGAGCAUGUGCAGAUCUUCACCGACAUCAAAAAGAAGCACAGCUCCCAUGCCCUGACAUCAGAUGUGAGCAUUGAAGAGAUGUCACGAGCGGCCGAGUUCUUCCUCUCAGAUGGACUCAUCAUCACAGGAACAGCCACUGGAGUGCAGGCUGACCCGCGGGAGCUCAGAGAGGUUUCCCAGUCUGUGAGUAUCCCGGUGCUUAUAGGUUCUGGAGUGACCUAUGACAACAUUGAAUGCUACGUGGAUGCAAAUGGAAUGAUCAUCGGUUCUCAUUUCAAGGAGGGAGGCCACUGGGCCAAUGCAGUCGACCCAGAGCGAGUGAAACGGUUCAUGGGAAAGAUAGGUGACCUUCGAAAAUGACAGUGAAGGUUUUCUGUCUCUCAGUGCCUUCAACAUGUUUAACUCCAAUGUCUAAUUACUGUCUGUAGUGCCACAUUAAACACACACAGCCACCACCUUAAGAAAACAAGAUUUUAAUUUUUUUUGUACAUUUUAUAAAUACACACAUAUAGAAAAACACAAUAUUCAACUGUAUUUACACUUGUUUAAAAUGAACAAUUUGUGUUACAUGAAAAAAGUGAGUACUCGCUGGAAAGUACAAAAUGGUAAACUCAAUACAAAACAUGAACAGUGGUUUUUGUAAUUAUUUCUUAAGCAGAAAAUUCACAGAUGUAUUUGCAGGACAUGGAUACUGUACAGAUCACUGC